AGGAAUGUGAGCCACGAAGUAGCACUACAGGGGUCGUGUGUGAAAGAGAAGUGCUGCUAUUGAAAUUAGGUUUUUGCUUAGCUAAAUAAAAUAGAAACAGAGUCAAUGACAAGGAUCAAGAAGAUGCAUGAAUGAGUCAGAGUCACCUAAUUGAGGAUAAGAACUAUGUUGUGAUUAGAUUGGCGAGGAAACUCCAAUUCUUGUAAGUAAAAAUUAAGACAACUAGUUGUACCUAGAGCUAGGAGAGGAUCAAGAUUUACUAAAACUACCACCUGCUCCGACUUUUUAACAAGUACUACUACAAGUACUUCCUGCUCCGACUUUUUAAUAAGUACGAGUAGAUGAGCAGCAGCAGAUGAAAAUGAAGGUCGACUUAGUAAACGGGGCAUUGCGUAGGACGAGAAAGGACUCAUUUGGAUCCGACCGGUUGACUACCUCAACCGAAGACGAUGAGUCGGCACCCGGCACUAGUAGAAGCCUCUUGUCAACUUAUGAAGAACUUUCAUCUUACCUUUCGUGAGGCCGUCGCACAUAGCCUCCUGGCCGAAAAGCGAAACCUUCUGAAACCUGAAAAUUGGUUCCAGUAGCAUGUAAGUAGUCGAUGUUUUUCUGGAGGUGUACUAAUUUAAAAUCUUCUUUAAUACUGUUUCCAUCUCCUUAUUACUUGUUCUGACUUGACUGUUCGUGUUCCGUCCCCCUCUCCUUAUUGCUUGUUGCGGUUGGACAAUAGGUUCAAAAUUCUAAUACUUAUGGGAAAGCGAAGUAGAGAGCACCCCUGAAAGCGAAGUGCCGCACGCUGUCGUCAUCUCAACAAAAGAGCUGUCAUCUCACCGAUCGGAGAUAGAAGCGGAACAAGUGGAAGGUACUUGUUAACUGUGUAGCAACUAUCUUGUUUCUGACCGGCUGAGGCAGGAGCCAUUCUAGUCUAAUGUAAUCUAAUCUAAUCUAAUCUAAUCGCCAGUGGUAGAGAAUGACCAGCACCAGAGAUGUUGCAGGAUGAUACCUCAAAGAACUCAAUCCCCAAAAAACAAAUAGCAAAAAUGAUCACAUUAGUCGACUUUCCUCGUCGAGUUCGGUUUUGUAUGUGCGCAUCUCGUUAUCUUCUUGAUACCCAUCGUUCUCAUUGAUCAACCGGGAGCUAUUUCUUUCGUGGUCGGAACACGUCGAAUACGAAAGAUCAUCCACAGUGUAGUAGACCUAGCGUAGUCAGAGUCUCUUCUAGUCUGAGACUAGCUACUAAAAGGUCAUCGUGUACGGAACCUCUGGUGCUGCAUUUCGUCAACAUAAAAUAGACGACGUGAAGAUUCGAAAAAUCACAAUGAAGAGCAAGUAGGUCUUGAGAUGACACCCAGGGAUCACUUCUAGCCUCAUCUCGAUACACUGACAACUCGUCGCUAGCAACAAACAUGAACAUACGACCUGCUGCUGCUCCUUUACAAUAAAAUAACACACAGAAUAUGAAUAAGAAUAUAUCAGAUGGAGAAGUUGGCCUUGUCCUCCUGCUCUCUUGGAAUGAAGAAAAAAUCGUUCCAACAUGCUUCAAUCUUUGAAAAAUUUUUUCAAAAAAUGUUUGAAUUUUGACCCACUACAUGACAUUUCCACGCAGUAGACCGUUUCGUCGUCGAGAGAUGGAGGAAAGCGGGAGGAGCAGUCGGAGUUUUAAUAUCCCCUACAACUUGCUCGGAAGAGGAUAAGAUGUUACGCUUAUCAAGACAAGCGGCUCGACGAGGUGGACCACAUUUAGGAGCUGGUGCGAGGACGCCGCUGCGACAGGCACCACGGGAUAGAAGCGAUAGAGAUAGUCAGGACGAAACACUGUACAACUACUUCUAGUAGACAUAAUUCUGGCUACUUAUUGAUGUUGUUUCUUGAUGUUCAUGAUGGGAACAAAAACGCAGACCUUCAGCUUGUUCAAUCAUCAUCAUCAUCAUCAUCAGCUUGCUCAGUAAGGAGAACGAGAAGUACGACUACGAGUAUGAUAAACUUCGAUCUUAUUUCGUUAUUUCAAACUCACAUGAUACAAAUACAAUUACAAUUACAUCAUCUAUUUUCUAUUUCAAUCUCACUCACAGACAUCAUGCGUUCUCCGAAUGCAGCGGACGAGCAUCGACGACGAGUGAGGAGUCUCCAGAGCCUUGGUCUCGCUGUAGUGGGGUCAACCAAAGCGAGACUGAGGUGGAUGGUGGUACUGGUAGACCACAGCAGCAAGAGCAGCACCAGUUGCCAAAGAGUAGCACUUGGAGCAAUGAUCGCGGGGGUUGUAACAACAGAAAUGAGCUUGAUCAUGAUCUUGUGUACAACAAUUAAGGCUCAACUUUCAAUGGUCAUUGGGGUUGGCCACUGAGAUCGAAGAGGCGACCCCUUGAGAGAACAGGGGAAAACGAAGGGAAAGGGGAGAGCUUUGAAGGGGGUCGCUUCCGUUCAGAGUCAGUGACCAAGGAAUGCUGAGCUUUAAAACAAGCAUCGGCAUGCUGAGAAUACUACUCUCGUCGUGAGUAACAGAAAUAGCGGCACGGCACGAGGUCCAGCGCCACCGCUCUAUCGAGGUUCUUCGCAUCACAGUACGGCUUCGUCAGCGGAUGACCACUACAGCAGGGAGGUAAUCGAUCAGCGCAAAAGCCAUAGCACUGCUUGCGUCUUUCCAAAAAGAAACGCCGUGUCAGCAGUCUAUCACCAUGAGUCUUCCACACGAGCAGGACGCCCAACAAGUAGCUAUCACCAGUACGACUACAAUCGUGGCAAUUACGGUCAUGCAGCAACGUCAACUAGCAGAUACAACUCAUACAACUGCAACUACAAUGAGGGCCACCACUACGGACGUGGACCCUCGUCACAGUACUACGACCAGCAACGUAGUUGGGGGGCGUGGCGUCAUAGCUACAACUCGCCAAAUAGAAAUAGGAUAGAAGUAGACUACUACAACAAGGACCAUGCAACAACAGCAAGUGGUGCAGGAGGAUACACACAUCAAACGCUCUGGUCAAACACUAGUAGUUGGUCCUCGUCUACUUACAAGCACAAUUACAGCAGUCCCGCUUGUAUCCCUUCUGAAAAUACUGCCAUGGCCAGCUGGGCCAAUCUGAAACAGCUGAGCAGGAAACACCUUUUUAAUGCUGCGAGUUUUCACAAGUACUACCAGCCUUUUUUUUUUAUUGCACCUCUUACUUUUUUGUUGUUUUCAUUUCGACAUGACGAAGACAAGGAAACUUAAAGUAAGAGAUCAAAUAUAAUAUAACAUCUAACUUUUAUAGAUACAGCUAAUUAUACUUAAUAUAGAAUCAACACACAUUAACCAUCCUACUUAAUCUUCAACACACAUUAACCAUCCUAAUUAAAAGUCUUUCUUACCUCUCGAAUGGGUAUACUACUACUACUACUAGGUACAGCUACUUCGCCAUUCUGGAUUUUGAGAGUACUUGCGAAUGGGACCAUUCUCUCGAUCCCGAGGUCAUCGAGUUCCCCACAGUAAUCCUAGAUGCAGAAACCUUAGAGGUAGUCGCCGAGUUUCGAGAAUAUUAUGGCCUGGUGGGAAUAGAUGCUAUAAUUUUCUUGUUGUAAAAUGUAACUCCCCUAGGGGUGAUAAUUUGAUGAAGUUAGUAGUCAGUGGUUUUUUUCCAUCCAUGAUCAUGAGUCAGGUUCUACCUUUCGAAGAGCUAUUGCGCCAACUAUGGAGAUCUAGAAGGCAAUUCUUGUAAAAUUUUCGUCUAAUCCCUUGUCCGACCAGUCGUGAAUCCCAACCUGACACGGUUUUGCACGACGUUGACGGGAAUUCGCCAAGAAACAGUGAACCAAGCCGACUAUUUCCCCAACGUCUACGCCAGAUGGAAGCAGUUCAUAGGACAAUAUCCGAAUGCGUUGUACUAUUGUUUUAUGAAGAUUUAUUACUUACAAUAUCUUCCGAAACCGAUUGUGUUGCUGUUGUUCUACUUGUAUUGUUUUGAUAUCCUUCUCCUCUCGUCUCGAUCUUAAUGAUAUAAGAUUUCGCGGCGAGGAAAAGGAAUCUUAUAUUUGUAAAUAUUUGAUUACCUCCAUGAUCAGGGUGAUCACUUGUGGUGAUUGGGACGUCGAAACGAUGUUGCCUGGUCAACUCCGCCACUCGAACCUGCAUGACGACGUCGAGCGGACUUUCUGCAAUAUCAAAAUCAUCUUCGCGAACUUGUUAGGCGACCCAAGAAAGCACAAGAGCUACAACUACUACAAGAGGAAGGUACAACUGACUCUGACUUUUUUUUUGAAGCGUGUGGCUUGACCUUGGAAGAUGUGACGGAAAUCUUAGACUUAGAUGUCGGCAAUCUUAGAUCAUGUCGAAGAUGUACUGGAAGAUGAAACUGUUAUGACUUAUAGGAACCUAAGUAAAAAUCCUUUCUAUUGAAACAAAAACACAAAAACUCAGAAGCGAGAUGGUAUGGUCAUCAUGUUAGAAGCGUGUGGCUUGACCUUGGAAGGACGACAUCACUCAGGUCUAGAUUUAAGGGCAACGAGCUCCUCUCCUAAUCCAUGUGCAGAAGCAUCUUGAUGGAGCUGUUCCAAUUGAUGGGGCGGUUCCAAUUGAUGGGGCGGUUCCAAUUGAUAGGGCGGUUCCAAUUGAUGGAGCUGUUCCAAUUGAUGGAGCUGUUCCAACGAUGGAGCUGCUCCAAUAGGAUUCUCAUUCUUCUCAGAAGCAUCAAGAUGCAUCUCUCUCUCUCAAGAUGGAGGAUAAGGGUGAGCUCAUGCCUUGCUAAUAGAUGACUCCCGCAAUAUCGCCAAGAUCGUUCGAUAUCUCGUAGAAAACUACGGAGAGCAUGUGAUGAUCCCCACCAUGUUCCGAGGCAUCCGGAAGUUAGAACGAAUAUACUUCUGA